AAUUAAAUUAUAAAUAUACUCUUUUUUGUUUUUUGGCAUCUUAGUUAAGUGAAGAGUCGCACAACAUAAUAAUUAGGAGAUCUUUAUAACAACUCUUAACUCUUUUUAUCUUGACAAAAAAAAAAUGAGAGGAAUAACAAAACUUUUGGCCUCCCGCUCUCUCAAAAGUUCGAUGGCCAAGAAGAAGAAGCGUUCACAACCGGAGAACAAGCUUUCCGAACUGGAGAACAAGCGUCUCAAACCGGAGGAAGAUCCAUCGACGGUGAAGAGGUGUCUGCAACUGUUGGAAGAUCCACCGACGAAGAAGAGGAGUCCACAAUCGUUGGAAAAUCCACCGACGACAGAAUCUUCCGGCGACGACGAGGAAAUGGCGACAGAGGAAGAAGGACAUGAGUCAGGCUCUUCGUCUGAGGAAGAAGGUAAGGAGUCAGGUUCUUCGUCUGAGGAAGAAGAGCAAAAAGAUCCUGGUAAGAAUUUUCCUCCUACCAAAAAGAAUUAUUUUCAAAGGAAGUGGAGUGAAGAUGAUGAGAUCGUCUUGCUGCAAGGCAUGAUCGAUUUCAAGAAUGAUAAAGGGAAGAGUCCUUAUGAUGAUAUGACUGCUUUUAUUGAUACGGUGAAGAACAUCAUUAGCUUUCAAGCGAAUCAGAGUCAAUUCACUACCAAGAUCCGUCGCUUAAAGGACAAGUAUCUCCGAAAGAGGAACAAGGGUGCAGAUGAGAAAUCUUUUGCAAAGGCUCACGACCUGAAAUGUUUUCAACUUUCCAAAUUGAUUUGGGAAUCUACUAAGGUGAAGGAGGAGUCUUUGAAACCCAAUGAAGAAAAGGUAUUAGAUUGGUUCGUAAAUUCUUCUCUUGUAGGAUCAGUUGCGAGCUUUGGGGUGGCUGAACAUGUCGUGAAACAGAGAUGGAGCUUGGUAUCGAUGAAGAUGAAGAAGAAGCUCGAAGAGAAGUUCAAGUUGCUCAAAGAAAAGGAAUCUGAAUAUCUGUGGCUAAAGUCAAGGUUUUUCCAUGAGGUUAACUCUUUGAUCGCUGAAGCAAAUUAGACAAGUAUCGAUUUAGAAGAGGUGUAGUAAUGCCUCUUUUUGAUUUUCCACCCUUAUGACUCUGUUUUUUUUCAUUUCUAUUUGUUUUUUGGUUUAUCUUGUUUUGGAUGUUGAACACCAUGGAAGAGGUGUAGACGUAAUGCCUCUUAUUGUUUUUCAACCCUUAUGACUCUAGUUUUUUUUUUUCUAUUUGGUAUUUUGGUUUAUCUUGUUUUGGACAUUGUUGCUAAAAACACCAUGGAAGAACGGCAGAUUAAGUUUAAUUGCAUCCAAUUGUGUCUAAAUUUGGUCAGAAUACUCUCAUAGAUACCUCUCAUUUUGCAUAGGCUCAACUAGCAUAUAUCAAUAUUUUAGAGCAUUGGCCUCAAAAUUCAAAAAUCUAGAAAUAAACUUUAGUGAUGAAGAGAAAACAUCCUUCAGCUAAGACUAAGAUUUUCAUAAGAUCUUACUUAUCGAGAGACUCUUUCAGAGUUGAUCGACGACAUCUCCAAGAGCAGAUAAAGAGACAUUAUCAACACGACGACCGGUGGCUUUGGUUUUCAACUCGCGCUCACUUCCUCCAAGAUUAUGAUCACUAGCCAAAUCUUGUUUGUUUCACGCCGUCUCUAAGGAGCUCCAAGACAUGAUUGAUAAACGGAUCAUAAUUCAUGAUUUUCAUCAUAUAUCAAAGAAGAUUAUGUAAUUAAGAAAAGAUGUCCAAAUUUUGAUUUUUUUUACCAGAGAGUUAGAGUUAGUGGAGACAGUUGCUCUGUUUCGCAACUAAUAAUUUGUAUAACUUGAAGACUUGAUUAAAAUUUUGAAAUCAUUCACUGAAGUUCUUAAUAUCUAUCUCUUUCUUUGUGUCUGUGAAAGAGAAUCACUCAUAAACGUAUAUAUAUAGUCAAUGGAGAUAUCUACACAUGUUAUGAGUAUU